AUGCCUUCUGUCGAAUUUGAAGGAAUCUAUCUCAACCAGUCCAAGUCCCAGGGCCGUAUGCGUAUUGCUGAUUCUGGGCUUGGGUGGAAGGCAAUCAUCUCCAAAAACAACCCAUCUACAAACAACCCUCCAUUUUUGCUACCAAAGGAAAAUGUGCUCACUGCUUCCUGGUCCAGAGGCGCUAGAGGCUGGGAAUUGAGGUUCCAAACAGGCUCUGAUGGUGUUAUUAUGCUUGAUGGUUUUGAUCAGCAGGACUUUAAUAAAUUGAAAAUUGAAUUGCAGAGAAAUUUCGAUGUCCAACUAGAACAUAAAGAACAUUCGCUUAGAGGUUGGAAUUGGGGUAAAGCUGCUUUGCUAAGAAACGAAUUGGUCUUCAACGUUAAUAAUAAACCUUCAUUUGAGCUUCCUUACUCUGAGAUUUCAAACUCAAAUUUAACAGGAAAAAACGAGGUAGCAAUUGAAUUUAAUUUAAGUACUGACAAAUUGCAAACUAGAACUGGCGAUGAAUUGGUAGAAGUCAGGUUAUAUAUCCCGGGAAAUGUUGAAAAGGAAAAUGACGCUAACGAGAGCGAAAAUAACGAAAAUGAAGGGGAAAACACUGAAGAACAAAGUGCUGCUUCUGCUUUUUAUGAACAACUAAGAGAAAAGGCCGAUAUAGGCCAAGUCGCUGGUGAUGCUAUUGUCUCCUUCUCUGAUAUAUUGUUCUUAACUCCAAGAGGUCGUUAUGACAUAGACAUGUAUCCAACUUCCUUGAGGUUAAGAGGUAAAACCUAUGAUUACAAGAUUCAAUACAGACAAAUUCAAGGAAUCUUCACUCUACCCAAACCUGAUGAAAUUCAUAACAUAAUGGUCCUUCAAAUUGAUCCUCCUUUAAGACAAGGUCAAACAAGAUAUCCCUUCUUAAUAAUGCAAUUCAUGAGAGAUGAAGUAUUAACCGUAGAACUAAAUGUUGAUGACCAAGAAUUCAAUGAAAAAUAUAAAGGUAAAUUGGAAAAAUCCUACGAUAAAAAUACUCACUUGGUCAUAUCCCAUUGUUUUAGAGGCUUGACAAAUAACAGAAUCAUUGUCCCUGGCACUUUUUCCUCAAAAUUAAUGCAAAGUGCUGUUAGUUGUUCUUUAAAAGCAAGCGAAGGUCACCUUUAUCUAUUGGAUAAAUGCUUUCUCUUUGUUACAAAACCAACCGUUUAUAUCCCAUUUUCGGAAGUCUCAAGUGUUGUCAUGUCAAGAUUGGGCAAAUCUGUAUCCUCCUCAAGAACUUUUGAUUUAGAAAUUGAUUUAAGAAACUCUUCAAUAAAACACGUCUUUGCUAAUAUUUCAAAAGAAGAACAAAACUUUAUUGAAAACUACUUGAAAGAAAAGAACAUCAGAGUUAAAAAUGAUGAAAAAGAUGGUCAGGAUAUCUUAAAUCAUGCCCUUGAUUUUGAUGAAGACCAGGAUAUGAGCAGUUCAGAUGACGAAGAUUUCAAUGCUGAUUCGGAAUCUGCUUCCGAUGUUGCUGAAGAAUUUGAUUCAGACCAUCAUACUUCUGGUAGUGAAAGUGAAGAUAAUGAUUCAAAGAGACCAAAAAAGAAAGCUAAGAAAUAA